UUUUGAUUGAUUCAAGUUGAUACCCACUUUUCAUGACCUACACAAAAAAUCAUGGCUUCAACAAUGCGCACCAGUAGCAUACAACCUAUCUCAUCAUCACCUCUUAUCAAAACCAAGAACACUUCAACCAAAAUCGUAAGCACAUUGAGCAAUGAGCCAAGCUCAACAGGCAAAAUCAAACGCCUUGUUCUGACCCAAGAGGGUAGAACGAAACUCAAUCCAUACUCAGAUAGAGAGUUCUAUGCAUACCCACGCCUUGUGAAACACGUCGAUGAUGCCUUCAUUUCCACACUCACCAAUCUCUACAGAGAGAGGUUGAAGCCUCAGACAGAGAUUCUUGAUCUCAUGAGCUCUUGGAUCAGCCACUUGCCCCAUGAUGUCAACUACAAAAGAGUGGUGGGUCAUGGAUUGAAUGCACAAGAGCUUGCCAAAAAUCCAAGGCUCGAUUACUUUGUUGUCAAGGAUCUAAACGAGGAACAAGAGUUUGGGUUUACGAAUUGCAGUUUUGAUGCAGUGUUGUGCACAGUUAGUGUCCAAUAUCUACAACAGCCAGAGAAGGUAUUUGCUGAGGUAUUCCGGGUACUAAAGCCAGGGGGCGUGUUCAUGGUGAGUUUCAGCAACAGAAUGUUUUAUGAGAAAGCCAUUAGUGCCUGGAGAGAUGGCAGUGGCUAUAGUAGGGUACAACUUGUGGUUCAGUACUUCCAAUGUGUUGAAGGUUUCACAGAGCCUGAGGUGGUUCGAAAGUUACCAGCUACUACUAAUUCUUCUCAACAGAACAAGUCACCAAUUGAUUGGAUUAUGGGACUUUUUGGAUUCAUGUCAGGGUUAGACCCCUUUUAUGCCGUGAUUGCAUAUAGAAAUUUUAAACCCAUAGAAUGAUUAUUGUAAUUUGUAAUGGCUGCUCAAUGUGACAGAGGGUGUUGAUGAAUAGAAAUGACCUAAUAAUAACAAAUGUAAAUCCAAAUAAAUAUGUUGUGCAAUCGUGAUAUUUUUUGUCA